CACCUGCUGAGCCAGCGGGAGCCGUGCUCAGCCGGCCCCAGCCAGCGCCAGGGCUCUGAAACCUGCUCUGGCUGCAGAGCCCACAGGGUGGCAGAGGCUCUGCACCCCACUCCUGCUGCUGCAGGGGACCCUGAUCCCACUUGACACCAGGCAUCGAAGAGGCUGCAGGCGGCAUCGAAGAGGCUGCAGGCAGCAUCGACUGGCUCCAGGAGAGAUGAGCCCUUGAGGGUUUCACCUAGGGCUGCUCUUCUGCUGCCAGUGAGCUCCUGCUGCCCUCAUCCUACCAGUGAAAAAGUCACAGACAACUGUCCGACUUUAACCCUGCAGGUCAGGUUGUGCAAGGAAGCAGAGGGACGGUGGGCUGCUGGAGAUCUGCGUGGCUCCCUGCAAACGGUGACGUGAUCAUCUGGAUCUCUGUGCCACAGGCAGAGCUUGGGGAGGAGAUCACAGCCUGCUCCUUCCCCACUUUGUCCCAGCCAGGCUCAGGCAUCAGACGGAGACCAGCCACAAGACUUGCUGGAACCUGUGCUGACACUUGCCACACAAAAUGACAGCAAGAGACGGGCCCCAAGACAGGUACAAGGCUGUCUGGCUGAUUUUCUUCAUCCUUGGCCUGGGAACACUGCUGCCAUGGAAUUUCUUCAUGACUGCCCGGGAGUAUUUCAUCAGACGCCUUGCGGACCCGGAGGAGAUGAGCCACCCCCAGAACCGGACCGGUGAGGCUGCCUUGCCCAACUCCUACCUGCAGUCCAUGUUUGACAACUUCAUGACUCUCUGUGCCAUGGUGCCCCUCCUUGUCUUCACCUGCCUCAACUCCUUCAUCCACCAGCGGAUUCCACAACAGAUCCGCAUCUCAGGCAGCCUGGUGGCCAUUGGGCUGGUGUUUUUAGUUACUGCAGUAAUGGUGAAGGUUGACAUGGAGCCUCUUCCCUUCUUUGUCUUCACUAUGAUCAGCAUCGUCUUCAUCAACUCCUUUGGUGCCAUUCUCCAGAGCAGCCUCUUUGGACUGGCAGGGCUCCUGCCUGCCAGCUACACAGCUCCCAUCAUGAGUGGGCAGGGCUUGGCAGGCACCUUUGCAGCUUUGGCAAUGAUCUUCAGUAUUGCCAUUGGUGCCCAGCAACCUGAGAGCUACAUCGGUUACUUCACCACAGCCUGUGUGGCGAUUGUGCUGGCAAUCUUCUCCUACAUCCUUCUGCCUCGCAUGGAUUUCUUUCGAUACUACUCCAUGAAGGACAAGACAGAGUACCAUGUGUAUAAUGCAGAGCUGGAGACCAAGAGAGACCUGAUUAAGAAAGAUGAGCCUAAUGGGAUGGAACAGAAUAACUCAAAGAUCGUCCCUAUCCACAACCCUGACGAGAAGCCUUCAGUCAUUGGUAUUUUUAAGAAGCUCUGGGUCAUGGCUGUGUCUGUCUGCUUUGUCUUCACUGUCACCAUCGGCGUCUUUCCUUCCAUCACAGCUAAGGUGUCCACUGUCCUCGGACAGGGAAACAAAUGGGGUCUCUACUUCAUCCCUGUCUCCUGCUUCCUGCUCUUUAAUGUCUUCGACUGGAUGGGACGGAGUCUUACUGCCCUCUUCACAUGGCCUGGGAAGGAUAGCUGCCUCCUGCCAGUGAUGGUGGCCCUCCGUGUCGUCUUUAUCCCUAUUUUCAUGCUGUGCAACGUGCAACCUCGUGACUACCUCCCUGUCGUAUUCUCUCAUGACGCCUGGUACAUCAUCUUCAUGAUCUUCUUCUCCAUCUCCAAUGGCUACCUGGCCAGCCUUUGCAUGUGCUUCGGGCCCAAGAAAGUACUUGCUCAUGAAGCAGAGACAGCUGGAGCCGUCAUGGCCUUUUUCUUGUCACUGGGCUUGGCCCUAGGAGCUGCCAUCUCCUUUCUGUUCCGAAUUCUCAUCUAGCAGAGGCACAUGGAGGGUGCAGGGACUCUGAGAAUGGCUCCGCAUCCUCCUCCAAGGCCCUGGAUAUCUCGGCGCUGUGGGGAGAUAACACCUGCCAAAUCACACUGCCAUGGCAGCCGUUACACCCAGGGACAGUUCAACUCCUGCAGGGUUUGCCUGGCUGCUGCCACGCUCGGAUGUGUGAUGCCUUCAGGCCUACGUGCCUUCUCCUUCCCCAUGCUCUGUGUGUGUGUGUGUGCGCGUGUAAGACACUUGGGAUCUCACAGAGGUCCAGCUGCCUCCUACGCUGCAUAAUUUCCCAAGCUCAAGGCCAAAAGCCAUUCAACGCCUCCUCCUCUCUGAUAGAGUUGAAGGCUGGUAUCCAGUGUUAUUCCCUCUCUUGCCCUUGUCCCCAGGGCACCUAGGGACUUGCUCUCCUUUCAGAGGUUCUGGAAACAUCCCACACCACUUCCACUGGUGAGACUUGCAAAUAGGGAGGAGAGCCCCAGCAGCCUUCCUAUCCCUGCAGUCUGCUAGACACCCAUCCCCCUGCAAAGCAGCAUCCCAUGGACAUAGACAUCCAUGUCCCACUUACAUAAAGAGCCUGUUACUAGCCUGAUGGAGGAGGCGGUCUCCACACCCCGCCUUCUCCCCCUCUCCUUGACUUUAUUCCCUACUUUUCCUUUUUUUUUUUUUUUUUUGGUGAUUUUUCUAGUUUUCUUUCUGCCUCCUGGUUGUAUGACAUGAGGUCCCGUUGUGGGCUGCAAGAGGAGAGGAGAGAACUCCCUUCCCACUUCCCAUCUGUGCUGCAGGGGGAGGCCUGACCUCUCCCUUGGCAUUCCCAUCCCUCGUCUGUGUAAAUGUGUCUGUACAGUUGCCAUUUUCUAUAAAAAGAUUGAA